UACGUCACAGCCUGAAGACACGCCCACCCGCGUUGUAGGAAAAUACAUUUCCGCAAAGUUUACAAACUGCAGCUGCCUCCCAUUCUGCCGGAUUUAGUCAGGAAACUUUAGGAAACUUUUUACAACAAUGAGUGAAAUCAAACCAAACGACUCAGCUCCGACUGAAGACGGCGGGGAGGAGAAAGACUGGGCUGCGGCCAAAGCUUUCUUUGACAACCUCAAAUCAAACAAACCGAGACCUCCCAAACCCCGUAACGCUGUCACCAUCGCCGUCUCCUCUCGCACCCUGUUCAACAUGGUGGCAGAGAGGAAGAUCUAUGAGGACGAGGGGGUAGAGAAAUACGUGGCUUAUCAGGUGGAGCAUGAAGACGAUCCUCUGAAGCCAGGAGCUGCUUUCCCCUUCGUUAAGGCGCUGAUGAAUGUCAACGCUCGACUGAGGCAGCUCUACCCAGACAGCGAGGAGCUGUUUGACAUCGUCUUAAUGACUAACAACCAUGCCCAAGUUGGAGUGCGCCUCAUAAACAGCAUUAAUCACUAUGAUCUGACCAUAGAGAGAUUCUGUAUGACCGGAGGGAAAAGUCCUAUCGGCUACCUCAAGGCCUACCUGACGAACCUUUACCUCUCCAAGGACGCAGAGAAAGUCACUGAAGCCAUAGAGGAAGGUAUUGCUGCAGCCACGAUGUUUACGCCACAAAAAGAGACUGAGUUGAGCGACACUCAGCUGAGAGUGGCGUUCGAUGGCGACGCCGUCCUCUUCUCAGACGAGUCGGAGAUCAUUGUGAAGAAACAUGGCCUGGACACUUUCUUUGAGCACGAGAAGCAGUUUGAGAACAAACCUCUCGCUCAGGGUCCCUUAAAGUGUUUCCUGGAGGCUCUGGGGAAGCUCCAGAGAAAAUUCUACAACAAGAACGAGCGCCUGAACUGCCCCAUCCGAACCUACCUGGUGACGGCCCGCAGUGCCGCCAGCUCUGGCGCUCGCGUCCUGAAGACUCUCCGCAGCUGGGGCCUGGAGAUCGACGAGGCUCUCUUCCUGGCCGGGGCUCCAAAAGGGCCCCUGCUGCAGAAAAUCAAACCUCACAUCUACUUUGAUGACCAGAUGUUCCACAUCGAGGGGGCCAAGGAGCUGGGCACCAUAUCCGCACACGUCCCCUACGGGAUCGGACAGAAGUACCACAAGGGGAAACUCAUUGAGCAGCCCGCACAAAAGGAAUAACCCGUAGAAUAUUAAACAUACACUACACUGUCAUCUGCAUAGGAAAUUAUUUGCUCUAAAAUAAAAUGCUGCAUUCAGGAAACAUUGAAAAAAUAACAGCAACUUUUGGAUGAUUUAGGUAACAAAUUUGUAAUUCAGUCUGAAAUUUCCUGCUUUUUGGGGUUUUAUAAAAUAUUUUCUUAAGGACAGGGUGUUACUGAUGAGCGGGGGAAUGUAUAAUCAAAGCAAGAGCUACACUAGGUGCCAUACAGUGUUUCACGUUUGUGAAGAGAAACACCAGAUAAAUUAACGGUGCCUUUUAACCACACUGUCUGUGUACCUGUUUAACUUUGAGAGUUUAUUUCUCACUUACAUUUGAGUUUAUACCAUUUACUUUACACUUUUUUACAAUGAACACAUGUUUAUUUUAUUUAUCUUUGGUUGUUGGUCCUUGGUAUACUCAUUUUAACCAGGACAGGAGAAUGUAUCUGCUGUAGUCUUUGUUUUGUGUUGGCUCAUUCAUAGGACAGUUAAAAAAAAAACAAAUCAAGUUUUUGGUGUCUGGUUUUGAUUUUGCACAUUUAACUAGACAUAUUUAUAUCAGCUUUGGGUUUUAAAGGGACAUUUAUUAAAGCAGAAUGUCGGGGCUUACAGGGAACACUGAUGCUGUCUGUCUUUGUUACUGUUGACGCGCACAACCAAUGCUAAACUUACACUUUAUAUUUUCAUGUUCUGUCUGUUUAUGCUUCUACACUGUAUCUGGAUAUCCGUGCACACUGUAACUACACUUUUCCAUGCUGUUAUUACCAAGGACUGACUGCAUAUACUGUACAUGUUUGCAGAUUGCAUUUGAUGUAUUGUAUAAUCAAUACUCAACAUCACAGAGGAGUUUUACAGUUACACUUGUUUGUAAAUGUUCGUAUCACGUCUGCUGUCUUUACUCAGUGUCAGAUCAUGUGAUGUUUUUCACUGGUUAUACUUAAAUAAUAACAUGAUGUUUGCCACCAUUUCAUUUUUAUACUCCACUGUUUUCUAUCUGUCUUGUGCCUUUAACCUUGUCAGCUGUGGUGCUGAGCGUAUCCAGUGCAAAGGGAGGAGAAUAAAUGAAUGUGGAGGAACCCCA